AUGGACGACAUAUAUAAACCAUUUAUCAACUAUCAUGGAGUUAAAAAAUGUUUAAGAGAUCUUUCUGAAUUAGAGUGUAGUUCAAAUGUUUUUCCUGGAUUUUUUAAUAAGCUAUCUCAUGUUUGUCAUGGUUUACGAUCGUUAAAGAUAUAUUUUUAUGAUAGCAUCUCAAAUGAAUUAGUUAAAUUUGUUUCUGUUCAAAAAAAUUUAAAAAACUUGCAUUUGCAAUUUCAUUUUAUGGAACAAAGUCUACCCUUUACAAAAUUUCCUAAUUCGUUAACCAGGUUACACAUUGAUGGUGGAAAUUUUCAUAUGCCAUGGUCACUUAUUUCAGAGCUUUCAAAUUUACAAGAACUUUCAUUUUAUAACAAAAAUAGUGAUUUAAAAGAUUUUGAAAACCUUCAAUAUGCUAUCUUUCCACAAUUGGAAAUUUUGAAAUUUGAAUGUGUAUGUCCAGAAGAUGAAUACCUAUUCAAAUUUCUGGAAAAUAAUGGAAAGAAUUUAAGGAAACUUUUUCUUUGCGAAAACAUUGAUGGUUCAGUAAAUUCAGAUAUAGGUACCUUUUGUACAAAUCUUAAGUAUUUACGCACUAUACUUCCGGAUGGAGACGUGGAAUCAUUAAAAGUAAUUUUUAAUGGUUGUAAACAAUUGGAAAGCAUAGAGAUUUUGCGUUGUGAUUGUUGUGAUUUCUUUUUAGAUGAGCGUAAAUUAUUAGAGAUUGUUGUUGAAUUUUCACCAAAAUUUUUUUACAAGUUGACAGUAAAUUUGGGAAUUCACGUAUAUCCGGAAACUACAUUUAAAUGGGAAUUAAAGUCUAUCUUGAAACGAUGGGCCAAUCGUGAACCUUGUAUUCCACUUUUUUUGAAAAUCACUUUAUUGUCAGAAAAGGUUAUAGAAUUUUCAAAUAGUAAUUUCAGAAUAAUUAGUGAGUAUAAAAGAUCGGGCGUUAUACAUGACUUCAAAAUUAUUAACCUUGGAAAAUGA